CACACAAUCGAAUUCGCCUUCAUCUGCGCACUCGCUCCUGCCCCGAACCCACUACAAUGCUGAGUCUUGCCCGUGGAAAGCAGACUAAGUCGGCGCUCAUGAUGACGCAGCUGGCACGGCGCCGCAUGUCCGUGGCGUCAGGCAGCCUCGCGCAGUUCCCAUUCCUGAAGGAGCUGGGCCUCAAGGAGGAGAACCACGGUGUGUACAAUGGCAAGUGGUUCGGCAGCGGCGACGUAUACACGUCUGUGAGCCCAGUGAACGGCCAGCCUAUUGCCAGUGUGCGCGCUGGUAACAAGGCUGACUAUAAGAAGGUGGUGGCCGCUAUGGACGACGCCAAGCCUAAGUGGUGCGAUCUACCUGCCCCUGAGCGCGGAGAGAUCGUACGCCAGAUCGGAGAAGAGCUGCGCAACAAGCGCGAUGCGCUAGGCAAGCUUAUCUCGCUUGAAAUGGGCAAGAUCUACGUGGAGGGCGUUGGAGAGGUGCAGGAAGCCAUUGAUAUCUGUGACUUUGCUGUGGGUCUCAGCCGCACACUGAACGGCUCUGUGAUUCCUUCUGAGCGUCCCGGUCACUUCAUGAUGGAGCGCUACAACCCGCUUAAGGGCCACGUGGGCAUCGUCACGGCCUUCAAUUUCCCUUGCGCGGUGUUGUUCUGGAACGCCGCGCUGAGUCUCGUGUGUGGUAACACUCAGAUCUGGAAGCCGUCCGAAUCUCUGUCACUAACUUCCGUGGCGUGCACGAAGAUCAUUGCUGAUGUACUGGAACGCAAUGGCCACUCUGGUGCUAUCGCUUCGUUGAUCUGCGGAAGCGGCGCCGAAGUCGGCGAGGCGAUGCUGCAUGACAAGAGUAUGGAGCUAAUCUCGUUCACGGGGUCCACGAAGGUGGGUCGUCACGUGAACGAGGUGGUGUCCUCUCGCUUUGGUAAGACCAUCCUCGAGUUGGGUGGCAAUAACGCCAUGAUUGUGGACAAGGACGCUGAUAUGGAGAUGGCUCUGCGUGCGACGCUGUUCUCUGCUGUGGGAACGGCCGGUCAGCGCUGCACGUCGCUCCGUCGUCUCUUCCUCCACGAAGACAUCCACGAUGAGUUCCUCCAACGUCUAGUGUCUGCGUACCAGAACGUCAAGAUCGGUGACCCGUUGAAGGAUGGUGUUCUGUGUGGCCCAUUGCACAACACCCAGGCUGUCAAGAACUACCUGGACGGCAUCGAUUCUAUCAAGAAACAGGGUGGCGAGAUUCUGACUGGUGGCAAGAAGAUCGAAGGCGAGGGCCACUUCGUGGAGCCGACUAUCGUUUCCAUCGCCCACGAUGCUGAGAUCGUCCAGAAGGAAAUUUUUGCACCAAUCCUGUAUGCGCUGAAGUUCAAGACUCUUGAGGAGGCGAUCGAGAAGAACAACGCUGUUCCACAAGGCUUGUCGUCGUCUCUGUUCACGAAGAACCAGGCAGCAAUUUUCAAGUGGACAGGACCUCUGGGAUCGGACUGUGGCAUUGUGAACAUCAACAUCGGACCUAGCGGUGCUGAGAUUGGUGGAGCUUUCGGUGGCGAGAAGGAGACUGGUGGUGGUCGCGAGUCUGGUAGUGACGCAUGGAAACAGUACAUGCGUCGUUCGACGUGCACCAUUAACUAUAGCAAGGAGCUUCCGCUUGCCCAGGGAAUCGACUUUAGCUAACUGGUGCAACCCAAACUUGUACAGACGGUUUGUAAGACACAUAAGUGGCAAUCCAAAGCGUUUUUUUCGUGUCAUUGGUGACUUUAAGAAAGCUCAAAGCCUUCAGCAUUGUUGAUUGCAAACGUAACCUUCUC